AUGCGGUGGCUCCUCCCAAGAAACAAGCUCGGGUACAACCGACGAUCUGAAGCUCACAUUGAGAGACCAUGGGACAAAUACUACAAGUUCGAUGAGUCUACGGGGCAGGUGUAUACCGAGAGAACUACCCCAAUCCAGAGCUCUGAUGACAGCGGUUGGACUCGACAAAACCAUGCUAUCGCCAGACCAACCCUCAAUGCCGAUACAGACAUCGGUGAUUCGGACAUUGGCGGUGCACACAGUAGCGAUGUAGAUAAAAGCCAUGUCCGCAACAGUGAUGCAGGUGAUAGCGAUGCAAACGAUGCGAAGGGCUGGGAGCGUGGCAGGGGUGGAUCAAAUCUGGGACAGUAUCGCAGACAUCCUGAUAAUAUGAAGGAUUCGACGGUCCGGAAUCUCAAAGGUACUCGCUCAUUACAAGAUGUUGCUAUUAGAUGUAUUCUCGAGAAUAUAUCCGAUAUUUCCCCCGAAACCCUUGAAUGUCUUCCUAUACGAAUUGUCGAACGAGUCUGGUAUGCGGUGGACAGAAGAGGUUCAAUAUCAUUUAACACGUGGAGUAUUUUCUCCAAAAUCCUCCGUCGGGAUACACCAAACCCAGGCCUCUUGAGCUAUCGCCAGACCAUCCAAAACCCAAAAUCACCUCUUUACAUAUACGCGAACCCCCUCUCCUCGAAAACCUUCGACUUCAUUACCUCAUUGAGCAUUACGGUAACUUUUCCAGUCCCGGACCUUGUCAAACUGUCAAAUAUCACCAAUCUUGGUAUUCUCGAGAUCAUAAAGCCCUCUCGAUCUAAGCCGGAACUUUCCCAAGUUGGAGAUCGAUUAAUUCGAGCGUGGCAUCAGACCGCCUCGAAAGAUGGUGUGUUUCCCGUCUUGCGGAUCCUGAGGCUCUGGAAUCACGAGUAUGUGACCGGCCAAUCGCUCAUUUAUCUCAAUUCUUUUCCUGCGCUCACUGUUUAUGACGUGAGCGGUUGCGGCUUUGGAUAUGAUACAAUACCGCAAGCCCAGAAACUUGGAUGGGAUCUGGUCGUUAAUGAAAACCUCCUGGAAGGUUUUGAGGCUGCUUGCAUAUUCGAAUCACCUGGACGGCCCAAUCAUCAGAGUCGUUCUAGUUCAAACAAGCGAAGAAAGGAGCAGUCUGGAGAGGCGAUGAAAAAUCUCCAAACUCUAACUUCUAGAGUCCAGCUCUCAGCGGUUGGAAAAGCCAACACCCGGGAGCACAUACUCCGCAAGAUAUUUUCCCGAGUAGGUGAGCUGCGGAAAGAUGCUGAUCUUGUAAAAGCUGGAGUGAAUACUGGUGACCAGACAACUGUGGACAAUACACUGGUAAACUUGGUCCCAAUGGCGUCCCUUCGUCUUGGGCAACCAUAUUAUUCUACACCGACUUCAGAAGCCUUGUCCUUCAUCCGCAUCAAACUACCAUCAGAAGCUAAUGCGCCUAUUCAGGGUGGCCACUCCGAAGCUGCUUUGAACAAGGCACCAGAGUCUACGCAUAUGUGUAAUUCUACGCUGAAGCAGCAACGGCAAGGUGUGACGAGAAACAAAAAGAGGAAACUGGAUGAUCUUAUAAACUCAUUUUUAUAG